AUGCCUACGCUUAGCGGCAAGUUGUGUGCUUCGGCGGAAACGCUCCAAAUGAAAAGUUCGUUCAUAUUUUUCUUCAAAGCUCGCCUGGAUCAAGCAAUGGGCUUGGCAACGCUAUUAUUGGCGCCGGUUGCAGUCUAUUAUUUGAUCCACAAAUCCACCUUCCCAAGUUCUACGAAGAUUUUACUUCUUGCCUCCAUUUGCUACGCCAGCUUUCAUGAAGUUAUUGUCACCUUCAUUCAGGUACAGCGAUAUGCUUGAAAACGCUUUGAAACCGUAGAGGUUGACUCACAAGCGAAAAAAACUCCUUUGAGCCUUCAUCUGAAAUACCAAGGCGUUCAAAGUCGUAAAGACAAUAUACGUUUUUCUAGGGUUAUUCUGUCCAGCGGAGCCUGUUGUUCAAAGAUAGCCCUUGCGAAAUAAUGUUCACUUCGGAGGAAUGUAUCACUUUAUGCUUUUCUCUAAUUAUGGCUAGCACCGGGAUGAUCGGCACCCAAACGGCCAUGAGCAUCGACAUGUAAUCCUAUGACUCAAAUCAAAAAUUUUCUUAAUAUAUUCCAGGAUAGCGUCUGUUCUGCUUCCAGCGCGUCAUGCAGGCGCUCUAGUUCCAAUUUCUGUUGUACUACUAUUCAUGACUGUAGGAGUUCUGAAUUUUCCAUCAAAAAAGGCUUACUUUACUCAGGUUUCGUACAGUAUCUUGCUUCCAAGCUUCUUGUUUGACCGGACAGCUCCCCUCGAAACGAUUUCCACUUGCUUCAACCCGCCACAAUACAUGUUUACACCUUAUAACCAAAUCAUGAUGAGUAAUGCUCUGGCAUGCGUUAUUUGCCUUGUCAUCAAUAUCACUGUGAUUUGCAUCAACCGAUACCAAGAGAAAAAGUAAUUUUAUUUUGACCAAAGCAAAGUCGUGGUGAUUUGCAGAACACGCUACGACAUAAAGAUUCGCUAUCAGAAGCGCGAAGCGUUGGUGACGUCGAAAGUCGUUUGUAGUAUUGCAAUCGCCUUGUUAAUUGCUUUCGGGGGUUAUGCCGUCGGCGGAUUGGUCCUUCGGUCGAAUAAGGAAAAGUUCAGUCCCCUGGUUUACUCACGCAUCUUUUUGUUCGUUUAUGUGAGUUUUAAAACUGCGUUUCCUAAUUUUCAGGCUUUAACCGCCAAUCAUACAGUUUGUCAAUCGAUUGGUCUUAACAAUGAAUUUUACUCACGCGUCUUCUUUUUUACUUUCUUUCUUUUUUGAAAUUUUUCGAACAUUUUGAACUUCAGACCUAUCCUUACGCGGCUCUAUCCACGCCUGCCCUAAUAAUUUUGGCGUCAAUUUACCUGAAGCGUCAACGAAGAAAGAACAUCAAAGAGCUUACGGAGACCCGCGAAACCAUUAACAAUCGGAUCGCCGUCCUGAAAAACUCAUGGAACAUGACAAUGCCAAAAGUUUACGCUCGAUAA